AUGUCAGCCCCCAACCAACCCAAUGCCACCUCUUCGCCUUUUCUCCUGAUGGGAAUCCCUGGCUUGGAAGAUGCCCACACGUGGAUUUCCAUCCCGUUCUGCUUUAUGUACAUCAUGGCCUUGCUGGGAAAUAGCACGGUCCUGCUUGCUGUGAGGCUGGACAAAGCCCUCCACGAGCCCAUGUACUACUUCAUUUCCAUGCUGGCUGCCAUUGACCUCAUCUUCACAACUGCUGUUGUUCCCAAAAUGCUGAGUGUAUUCUGGCUGGGCUCCAGAGAGAUCGCUUUUCCCGCUUGCUUCACCCAGAUGUUCUUCAUCCACACCUUCACCGCCGUGGAGUCAGGGGUGCUCCUGGCGAUGUCCUUUGACCGAUACGUGGCCAUCUGCAACCCGCUGAGAUACAGCACCAUCCUGACCAACGCACGGACCACGCAGAUAGGGCUGCUCUCUCUGGCCCGGGGAGCUGCCGUCAUGACCCCUUUAAUGUACCUCCUCACCAGCUUACCCUACUGCAGGGACAGGGUCAUCCCGCACUCCUACUGCGAGCACAUGGCCGUGGUGGAGCUGGCUUGUGCUGACCCAUCAGUCAGCGAUCUCUACAGCGUCAUCGUGGCGACGCUGCUGGUCGGGACAGACUCUGUGUUCAUCACCUUCUCCUACGGGAUGAUCCUCAGGUCGGUGCUGAGGCUGCCAUCCCGAGGGGCUCGUCUCAAAUCGCUCAGCACCUGCGGGUCCCACCUGUCCGUCAUCCUCCUCUUCUACACGGGCGGCCUCCUCUCCAUGUACCUGCAGAUGUUCUCUCUUGGCUUGGCACCUCACACCCGAGUCCUGGUGGCUGAUUCCUAUCUGACGGUCCCUCCCAUGCUCAACCCACUCAUUUACGGCAUGAAGGUGAAGCAGAUCCGGGAUGGGAUAUUCCAACUGCUGGAGCAGCUGCCAGGCCUCCGGUUCUCAGAUGCCCACUGAGGCAGUCCAGACGCUGAGCCAGCAAGGCAAACUGCUUAUCCUGCCCCGGACGGGGCGUGACAGUGCGUGCAAU